AUGAGCGUAGUAUUCCGGCACCUUAACCUCACGUUCGGUUCAUCCCGCAUCGCCAGUUCUGCUUACCAAAACUGGCCCACUAGAAACUCUCAUUCGCAUGCCACUCGUUUAAAUCAAACAACAAGGGCUUCCGACACAUUUAAAGGAAACUUCGGCAGGAACCAGCUACCAGAUGGUUCGAUUAGUCUUUCGCCCCUAUACCCAAAUUUGACGAUCGAUUUGCACGUCAGAACCGCUACGAGCCUCCACCAGAGUUUCCUCUGGCUUCACCCUAUUCAGGCAUAG